AUGUACUUCAACAACAGCACUCGAGCUCUACUCGUAGUCGUGGCCGUAUUCGCUGUCAUGGUUUCCGGUCACCACGUCCGCUGCGCUGGCAAAGCCCUCGCAGCCCCCACAAAAGACUUGAAAGACGCGAUCACCUACCUUCGCGCCAUGGCGGACGGGAAGCUCUGGCACUCUGGUGACAUUCCCGCGCCUCCAAAGGUCCACACCCUUCGCCCGAACUCUUGUGAGCAGAUUGCAUGUAUUCAAAAUGCAGAGGUUAGGUGGUGCAACGAUGAUACUACCAAGUCUCGUAGUAUGGAGGUCAAGCAUAUUGCCGAAGGUGCCUCCGUUCUUCUAAAUGAGUGCAAAGAUAUCUAUAAGGGAGAGGAAGUCGCUGGUGGACUGCUUACACACCCGGAUAAAUGGUCUGUUAUCGUGCAGGAGCCCGCUAAGUGCAAGGUUCACACUUGGCAGGGAUGA